AUGGAACAGUACCAGGUGGAGCAGGACGGCAAGAGAAGCCUUCCGCCCCUUUCACAUAUCAUCCCAGGGCAACCUCAACCUUCGAGUCAGCAACACUCUCCAAAUACUCAUCAAUCUAAUUCUGCCUCCAACUCCCCGUUACCAGAACAGCCAAAGACGGAAUCUAAUGAGCUGAUCCCACCUAACCAGGCCCACGACCAAAAACCUCCCCAACAGUAUCAUCAGCCACAGAUGACUGUCCAGCAACAGUCCCAAAUUCCAAUCCAGUACCAGCAGAUCGCCAUGCAACAACAAUUUCCUCAGCAAGCCGCGAUCCAGUACCCCCAGCAGCUUCAGCAGCAGUACAUGAUGCAGGCUCUGCAGAUCCCUCCUCCCCCUCAACCUCCUCAGCUAGAUUCCUCGAAGUUGUUCGAGAAAUGUACCUGUAAGCAGGAAGGAAAUCGUAUUCCUCGUCCAAGAAACGCAUUCAUUUUGUUCAGACAAAAACACCAUCAGGCCUUACUUGAAGAAGGUAACGUUAUUAGAACCAACCCGGAUGUGUCCAGAGAGUUGGGUCGUAGAUGGAGAAACUUGCCUCCGGAAGACAAGGAGUACUGGAACAAACAAGCUGAAGAGGAAAAGAAACGUCAUGCUGAGAGAUAUCCUGGAUACAAAUACACUCCAAGAAGAAACAGCAAGAAGAACUGUCCUCACUGCAGCACAAAACAAGCUAUCAGAAACCAUAAUUUGGCCAUGCAAUCUUACGUGGCCCAGUAUCCUAACCAUGCUUACGCUUUUGCGUUAAAUGGUAACCAAUAUUUCCCUCAAUCUGUUGCUUCUGCAAAUGGAUCUGUGACCCAGCAACAGGUUUCAGCUAUGCAGGCAGCACCCCAACAGUCCGCUGCCCAGAUUCCGCAGCAGCAGGCUGUGUACUACCAGCCAAAUAUGAUUGCGAUGCAGUCGCAGCAGUUCAAGGCUGAGGAUUUAUACCCAGCUCUUGCAGGUGGCUCGGGAACACCCCAAAGUUCUAUGACACAGCAGUCUGGAACCAAGAAUUCUUCGUCACCGACCGUGGCACAGCAGAGUGCGUCGAUGAAUGACCAGACGCAGUACUUGACUUUUGUGAACCAGGUGAACGGCCAACAGGGAACCAGAUACGCUAACGGACAAUCGGGACAGCAGCAACAGCAGCCUCAACAGCUCAAGAGUGAUGCUUCCCAAACCCCCAACUACACCCAGAUGUACAUGUCGCAGAUGAUGGAUACCUCACAGAUAUAUGCUGCCAUGAACAGACAGCAGCAACAGCAGCAACAGCAACAGCAGCAGCAACAACAACAACAACAGCAGCAGCAGCAAAAUAUGUAUGUGAACCCGUUGUUUGGAUACGAUUUCCAGCAAAACGCUCAGGCGCAAGCAAUUCAGAUGUCGCUGCCAUCCAUCAACAAUUUGUCUCUGCCUCCAUUAAACAUGAACCAAAAGAAUGGGGGCUGA